CCCAGUCUCCAGGCAGAGGAAGUGAGGCAAGCGUUGCCUCUAAACUUUCUUUGUUUUUAUCCUCCUUAUCGCCAUGAAGCGUAUUUGAUUUUAACAAGGUAGGACCUGGUCGGAUAUUCGAAGUUAAUAUAAAACACCCCGGACUCGUUUUACGCUUUAAAACAUCUCGUGUCAGUCAGUCAGAGCGUAGCGUUUUGGUGAAGGAUGUUUUCGCGAGCGUUAGCUUAGCAUAGCUCAACCUGACUGGGGGGUCGCGAGGUGGGCUUACAGGAAACGGAUUUAUUCUUCAGGCGUACAGUUAGCUCCAGUCUGCUUCCUCUGUGCAAAACUGGAAAACUUUGGCAACAUCUCAUCUAAGAGCCAUGGCUAAACCCAAAAGACUUGGUGUGGACAAACCUGGUGAAGCAUCAAAGCAAGGGAAAAAAACUAAACUUAAGCACAAGGGCGGAGGCUCAGAUUCAGAGUCAAAACAGAAAGUCAAAGAAGCAGGCCUUCAUUUGCUUUCUGCACAGACUGCAACAAAAACCACAUCCUCUGACACUAAAGUAUCAGCCCCAGCAACGUAUGUAUCUCAGGAGACUCAGAUUUCAGGUCCUGAUGUUGCACAGAGUCAUACUGUUAAGUCUCCUCAGAACUCAUCCAGGACGUCAACUUCUUGGAGAUCGGACACGGACAAAACGAGAUCAAAAGGCUCUGAGGAGUUAAAUAAAGGGUCUACGCUUGUGCAGUCACGUUUGGCGUGGAAGACAAUGGCCAGUCCUGGUCCUGCUGUAGAUGCGCUCAAGAUCCUAAGUGCAAAAAAAGGAGAUUCAGUGAAGGAGUCAGAGUUAAAGAUUGAGCCGUCUACUCAGUUAAAGCUUCCACAGAGACCGAAAGGCUCAGCAAAAACGCAAGCAGUGACGAAGAAGAAAAAGAAAAAGAGAAAGAUGGGCUUGUAUAGCUUUGUUCCGAAGAAGAAAACAAAAGUGUCACCUCAGCUGAACCUCACUUUACCUACCUCAAACAGCAAAAAAACGGUGUCGCAUGGAGUCAAAGGCUUACAGCUGCCCUUAGAGGAGGCUUUUAAACCCAGAACAAACGUCGAUAGUUACGAGAAGCUGAAUGGAAGAGUUGCUGAAGGAGGUGCGACUGAUGUGCAGAGCAAAAGCGAAACUGUACGCUCUCCUCAAAACGUUGAAGAAGAAUAUACCGAGCUGCCUCUACACACGCUGGCACAGGAGAGCGUCCUGACGGCUAUACACACAGGUUUGCCCGAGGAUAAGGAAAAUAUUGAGUCGGAUGAGACGCUGGAGCCGCCGCUGUGCAGCUGCCGCAUGGAAACGCCCAGGAACCAGGAUGUAGUGACGCUGGCGGAGGGAAAGUGCAUGGCUGUAGAGGGUGUUGAUGGGAAGCUGAGUUUAUGUCGAAGACCGAUCCAGAAGCAGGAAAUGAUGCGCCCGUCUCUGCGGAUCCCGCUGAUGGUGCUGUGUGAAGAUCACCGGGCCGGUAUGGUUAAACACCAGAGCUGCCCAGGCUGUGGCGUCUUCUGCAGAGCCGGAACGUUUAUGGAAUGCCAGCCGGACGGGCACAUCUCUCAUCGGUUCCACCGGAGCUGUGCGUCGACGAUCCACGGUCAACUCUUCUGUCCUCACUGCGGCGAGGAGGCUAGCCAGGCUAAAGAUGUCACCAUUCCUAAAAUCACUCCUAUGACUUCUGCGCCGGCCAUCACUGCUGCUGCUUUACCUGGAGACAAAGGAGACUCCACUUCGGCAGAAAAGCCAGGAGCAGACUCCACCCCUGCUAAUGCACCUGUGGAACCUGACGUGGAGAUGCUGGAGACUGUUCUGGAAGCACUGGAGGAUGGAAAAUAUAUAAGAACGAAGCUUCCCCCAAAGCAGCUUUUCUCCGCAUCUGAGAGAGGAGACCUUCAGCAAGUCAUGCACAUGCUGGUGGAAGGAACGGAUCCUAACUUGCAGAUGGAGAGCGAGAGGAGACGCACCCCGCUUCACGCAGCUGCUGCUGAGGGCCACAAAGAGAUCUGCCACAUCCUGGUUCAGGCAGGAGCAAACCUGGACACAUGUGAUGAUCAGCAGCGCACUCCUCUGAUGGACGCCUGUGAGAACAACCAUAUGGAGACAGUGGAGUACCUACUAAAAGCCGGGGCCUCCACAUCAAACAAGGACGUGAGAGGCUCUACAUGUCUCCAUAUGGUAACCCGAGGAGGCCACGUUGGGAUUCUGCAGCAUCUCCUGUCCACUGCCUCUGUAGAUGUUAACUGUAAGGAUGAUGGAGACUGGACCCCCAUCACCUGGGCAACUGAAAACCUGCACACAGAGCAGGCGAAGCUGUUGAUCGCUCGCGGAGCCGAUAUCCAUAUAAGAGACAAGGAGGAGAAUAUCUGUCUACACUGGGCAGCGUUUGCCGGCUGCACCGACAUCGCCCAGCUGCUGCUGGAGAACAGAUCGGACCUGCAUACUGUGAACAUACACGGGGAUACGCCCCUGCACAUCGCUGUCAGGCAGAACCAGAUGGAUUGUGUGAUGCUGUUCCUGUCCCGAGGAGCGGACGUGAACCUGAAGAACAAGGACGGAGAAACUCCUUUGGACUGCUGUAUCGUCAACUCCAAGGUGUGGAACAUUCUUAACACCAGCAAGAAACUCACCGACGCCCGCAGAGGCAGGGACAGGCAUGGAGAGCAACUUCUCUGCAGAGAUUUAUCCCGGGGUUAUGAAAACGUCCCCAUUUCCUGUGUGAACGGAGUGGACAAGGAGCCCUGUCCGAACUUCAAAUACGUCCCCGAGAACUGUUUCACCUCUCAGGUGAACAUCGACGAAAACAUCACACACCUGCAGCACUGCACGUGUAAAGACGACUGCUCGUCCAGCAGCUGCAUCUGCGGCCAGCUGAGUAUCCGCUGCUGGUACGACAGGGAGGGACGUCUGCUGCAGGAGUUCUGUAGGGAAGACCCGCCCUUCCUGUUCGAAUGCAAUCAUGCCUGCGCUUGCUGGAGAACGUGCCGGAACAGAGUGGUGCAAAACCGACUGCGGGUCCGACUGCAAGUCUUUCGCACCACUAAUACGGGCUGGGGCGUGAGAGCUCUGCAGGAUAUUCCUGAUGGAGCCUUCAUUUGCGAGUUCGCCGGCGAGAUCAUUUCAGAUGGGGAAGCGAAUGUCAGAGACAACGACUCGUACAUGUUCAACCUGGACAAUAAGGUUGGCGAGGUCUACUGCAUCGAUGCCCAGUUCUACGGUAACGUCAGUAGGUUUAUCAACCACCUGUGUGAGCCCAAUCUGUUCCCGGUGCGAGUCUUCACCAAACACCAAGACCUGCGUUUCCCACGUAUCGCUUUUUUCUCUUGCAAACCCAUACGUGCUGGAGAUGAGCUAGGGUUUGAUUACGGAGAUCAGUACUGGGAGAUUAAGAGGAAGUACUUCAGCUGUCGGUGCGGUUCUGCUAAUUGCAGGUACUCGGGGGUCAGUUUGGGAAGCGGCCACGCGGACAGCUUGGCCCAAACGCCCACUGUCCGAAGCUCCUUUCAGGUAGCCGGCACUCGGCACAUUCACUCAGCCAACACUGGACACGCAGCAAGCCAACCCUGACCUGCCUCUCUGAGGACACUGCAGAGAUGAACUCGUAAUGGGACACUUCCUGAUUGUUUUUUUUUUCUUAUUUAAACCUAUUAAGAGGACUUUUAAAAAAUGAAGCGAAAGGCUCGUUUUAAGCCAGAUUUAAUGACUUCAGUGAUUUGUUUUUAUUUUAUUAUCAUUUUAUUUUAUUAUCAUGAUGGAAGGAUUUUGAAAUAUGUACGAACAUGCAAUAUAGAUUUUAUCGUGUUUUUAAACAGCUUGAACAGAUGUUCAGCUGAUUGCCUCAAUUUUUAAAUGGGUUUAAGACUCCUAAACAACAGAUUUUUUUUAAAUGAUUGAUCUGUUCAUUCAUCCCAAUUUUAUUACCUAACGAUGUUUGCAAUUAUGAUAAUCAGGCAGAUUAAAGCCCUUUUGUAGAUAUUUUCUAUUA